CCAUUAUUUAAUUGCCACGACUCUACUCUUUCUCUCGCUAUCAACAACCUACGUACAAUCACAUAUUCAUCAUGUCUGCUGCUAUGGCUGCCCAUCUUUCGGUGGUGACUUCUCAGUCACCAUCGCUUUCUGCUGCUCGCCAGAAAGUCAUUCAUCUUUACCGUGAUUUCCAACGUGGUGUUCCCGAGAUCAUGCGUACUCAUCAGAUUGAUUUGCCCACAUCCCAAAUCCGCACUAAGAUCCGUGAAGAGUUUGAGCGUCACCGUGAUGUCAAGGACUUGGCGGUUAUCGACAUUUUGUUGCUCAAGGGUCACCAGGAAUAUCAGGAGACCAUGAAUGCUUGGAAGCAGGAAACACAUAUCAUGCGAUAUUUCAUUAAGGAUGAUGCCCCUCCUAAGCCUGAAGGCUUUUUAGAAAAGUUCUUGGCUGGUAGAGACUAAACUAAUUUAGAGUUAUCAAGACGAGCAAUAUAGGAAAGUCAUAACAUCGCCAUCUUCAUCUUCAGACGCGCAUGUGCAC